UCACGUGACCACGCCAGUGACCCACGUGGGCGUCCAGCGUGCUCCCUUCUUUGUGCUCGGGUAAGGAGCCAGGCUGGGGCAGUAGCAGGCAUCGCGGUGAAGACACUGCUUCGGUGGUCGACGUGGUUCGGGUGCCGAAGGGCGAUCGUUACAGGCAUGCCAAAGCGAGGGAAGAAGGGGGCCGCGGCAGAAGACGGGGAGGAGCCCAAGACGGAGCCAGAGGCCAAGAAGGCUAAGACGGGAGCGAAGAAAAAUGAAAAAGAGGCAGGAGAGGGCCCCGUACUGUAUGAGGACCCCCCAGACCAGAAAACCUCACCUAGCGGCAAAGCUGCCACACUGAAGAUCUGCUCCUGGAACGUGGAUGGGCUUCGAGCCUGGAUUAAGAAGAAAGGCUUGGAUUGGAUAAAGGAAGAAGCCCCAGAUAUUCUGUGCCUCCAGGAGACCAAGUGUUCAGAGAACAAGCUGCCAGCUGAACUUCAGGAGUUGCCUGGAUUACCUCACCAGUACUGGUCAGCUCCUUCAGACAAGGAAGGAUACAGUGGGGUGGGCCUCCUUUCCCGCCAGUGCCCGCUCAAGGUCUCCUACGGCAUUGGUGAGGAAGAACACGAUCAGGAAGGCCGGGUGAUUGUGGCUGAAUUUGAUGCAUUCGUGCUGGUAACAGCCUACGUGCCUAACGCGGGCCGUGGUCUGGUAAGGUUGGAGUACCGCCAGCGCUGGGACGAAGCCUUCCGAAAGUUCCUGAAGGGCUUGGCUUCCCGCAAGCCUCUUGUGCUAUGUGGAGACCUCAACGUGGCGCAUGAAGAAAUUGACCUUCGCAACCCCAAGGGGAACAAAAAGAAUGCUGGCUUCACUCCACAGGAGCGCCAAGGCUUUGGGGAAUUGCUGCAGGCUGUGCCACUGACCGACAGCUUUCGGCACCUCUACCCUGACACUGCUUAUGCCUAUACCUUUUGGACUUACAUGAUGAAUGCCCGGUCCAAGAACGUUGGUUGGCGCCUUGAUUACUUUUUGUUGUCCCACUCUCUACUCCCUGCCUUGUGUGACAGCAAGAUCCGUUCCAAGGCCCUCGGCAGUGAUCACUGUCCCAUCACCCUAUACCUGGCACUGUGACACCUCCCCCGGGUUACUUCCCAAAGUAGGAUUCCCUCUCUAAAAGCUCUAGAGAUAUCUGCACUGUAUUUUUCUUCUGUAAAAAUAUGAGUCCUCCAACUAGGCUCCUAUGAUGGACUUAGGUUUCUCCCAAAGCCCCUAAGGUUUUUAUGUUUGUGAGUUCUGUGUCCCCCCCCACGUAUGCUUUUUUUAUUUCACAAAAAAAGCUGAACUAUAAGUGAAAAUAAAUGCUCAUAGUUUCA